AUGUCUACAAAUCCUACAUAUGCAACACCCGCCCAAAAGCCGCCAAAUAAUAGCAGCGGCAAUAACAGCAACAACAGCAAUGUUAUCGGCGAAUCGAAAGUCGUUGCAGGUGCUGCGGCUGCGGCUGCUCACACAUCGCUGGAUGUGAGUGGGACGGCAGCGACGCCAAAAAUGCAACCCGCCGCACCGGCAACCGCCCAGGGUUGGACAGAUGAGGUGGACAGUCCAUUGUGGCUUUCCUCAUUGCAUAGUGUCAUUUUCAUCAUCACAUGCGCUUUGGCCGUCUUCAUAUUGUUUCGCAAUGUGCUGACUUGUUGCUCAGUCACUUUGCGACCGCUGACAGAGAGACAAGCUUUAGAACGGGACAAGUUCAUUGAUAAAUUUGGCGAUGAUCCGAUGAUGUUAUGGGUCUUUGGCACAACGCUAUUCACAAUGAUCGUCUACUGGACUGUGGGUGGCAUUUAUACAUUCAUGGAUCUGACCAAUCGGCCGGCCUGUCUGCGUAAAUAUAAAAUUCAGCCGGGAACCAAUGAACCCGUUGAAGCUGGACGUUUAAUGAAGGUCAUUUGGCGUGUGAUCUGCAAUCAAAUAUUUGUCGGCAUACCAUUGGCAUAUCUGAGCUACAAAUUGAUGACAGUCCGGGGAUUGAGCGAUAUUCGGGAGCUACCGACAUUCCAUUGGGUGUGCUUUGAGCUAACCGUUUGCAUUCUGAUGGAGGAGCUGGGAUUCUACUAUUCCCAUCGCUUGCUUCAUCACAAGCACAUCUAUAAGUUUAUACACAAACAACAUCAUGAAUGGACAGCUCCGAUAUCGGUGACGGCAAUUUAUUGUCAUCCAAUUGAACAUAUAUUUAGCAAUCUAUUGCCACCGUUUCUGGGCGUAUUCUUAAUGGGCAGCCAUGUGGCCACGGCCUGGUUAUGGUUCGCUCUGGCCAUAUUAUCCACACUCAAUGCACACUCUGGAUAUCAUUUGCCCUUCUUUCCCAGCCCCGAGGCACAUGAUUUUCAUCAUCUGAAAUUCAACAACUGCUUUGGCGUGCUGGGCGUCUUGGAUCGUUUACAUGGGACGGAUUCACUUUUCCGUGCCACAAAAUCAUAUGCGCGACACAUAAUGAUGCUGAGCUUUGUGCCACCACGCGAUGCCUUUCCCGACUCCACAAUGAAGUGAAGAAGUGAUCCCUCAAAUUUACUCUCUUGUUAGUUGUCGACAUUAUUUCUUACUCUGUAUGCAUACAUAUAAUUAUCUAUAUAUAUACACACAUUAAGUACGUAAAGAUCCCUUAUGUAUUUAUAUAUAUAUAAAUAUUUAUAUGGAUUUGUGUAUGUAAUUUUUUUUUACUGGCAUUUCUAUAUGUGUAUACUUCAUUGUGAUAAUAACCAGGCAGAAUCGCGAUCAAGAAUCGAUUUUAUAGACAUUAUAAAUGACGAAAAGUUAAAUGAUAAACGAUAAAUUAUACAAGAAAAUGUAAAAUGUAAAAAAACCGUAGAGUUACUUGAAAAGAAGACACAACACCCAAAAAAAAAAAACAAAAACACUAUAGUAGUUAAGCAUAAUUGUAUGUACGAGUGUUAUAUUUAUGAAUGUAUGUACACACACACACACACACCCACACAGCACCAACUUAAACUAUACCUAAUAAUAAUCAACUACGUGUAAUAAAUAAGACAGUAUCACUGCACAUCAAAACAAAA